CUCGGAAAGGGCUUGAUCAUCGGAUUAUUUCCUGCCUUUUAUCAGUUUGAAGGUGGGGAGUAAAGAAGUUGAUUGUUGAGUCUUAUUCCCAGGUCGUCAGUAUUUGACGACCUGGGAAUGACAGUCAGCUGUCUCUCACGCUGCAGUUGAAAAUAAACUGAGGCCCACUGGUUUACGUGACAUCGUGUUGAUCACCAAUAAGGAACACCUGACUCUGCUGCACACCAUCCACCUGUCUCCACGUCUUUCUCUCUCUCUUUCUCCUGCCUCACUCCACUCAGGAGCAGCACAGAGGAGCCCUUGUCUGAUCCUCCCCUGGACAAUGCCCCGAUUUUCUUUCCUUUUUCUUUUUUACCCUGACUCCAUGGCGACGCUGUUCCUGUGACGAGCAGCCUUAACUUUUACUCCUCCUGCUCCCAAGACAAAGUUCCUUGCAUUUUUGAACGAUGUUUGACAAGCAGCGUUACGACAGCCCGCCUGUCUACAGUCCUCCUUUCACCUCGCCAUCUAACAACGGCUAUGGCCCUCCAGGCAGCUUCCAUGCCCCUCAGAGCGAUUACAACGCAUACCCACCUCCGCCGGGAUCCUACUACAUUGAGGAAAAACCGCAGCACUUCUACAAAUGGCUGUCACCUCCGGGGAUCGUCAAGGCCAUGAUGGCUACGGUGAUCCUGCUGUGCGUGACGAUAUUUGCCUGCGUGGCCUCCACUCUCAUGUGGGACAUGCAGUACGGAGCGGGACUUGGCUAUGGCGGUGGAUACGGCAUCGGCAGCUACGGUUCAGGAUAUGGUGGUUAUGGAGGUUACGGCGGUUAUGGUGGUUACGGUGGUUACGGCGGUGGUUAUGGCUACGGCAGCAGCUAUGGCUCCUACAUCUCACCUUACUCAGCCAAAACCGCCAUGAUUGCCAUGGCAGCCAUUAGCUUCAUUGGGGCGCUGGCCUUCUUCAUCGCCAGCUUCACUAAAUCCAACACUGUCCGCAGUAGGAAGUUUUUCCUGGCCCUCCUGAUAAGCAGCAUCAUCCUGGCUAUCCUGCAGGGCAUCAUAACCAUUGUCUACAUUGUCGGAGUGAACCCCAUGGCCCAGAGCUCCUCCAGUAUGAUGUACAAUCCGAUGCUGGUGAUGUGCCAGAACCUCUACCAGACCGGCUAUUCACAGAUGGGAGGAGUGGGAGGCUUCCCCAUUUACAACCAGUAUCUCUACCAUUACUGCUUUGUGGACCCACAGGAGGGAGUUGCCAUGGUGUGUGGAUUCCUGGUUGUCAUCGCCUUGUGUGUUGCAGCUUUCUUUGCGCAAAAAACAAGAGGGAAGAUCUGGCGCUACGGGAAACCAAACAUCUACUGGGAUGAGCCCCUCGCUGGUGGGAAGGCCUCAGAGGGCAGAGAUGUAGAGGAAUGGGUGAACAAUGUGGAGGAAAGCCGCAGCGUUCAGGACGCCCCGACCCUGCUGGUGUCAGAGAAGGGAGCCGGUCUGCUCAAUGCCUCAGCAAACAGUGUCACCUCCUACCCACCAGACAAAGUGGACAGCAGCUACUAUAAUGAGGACACCUACGACAACAACGAGUAUUCAGAGAGGACCACCAGCCGACCGUCGGAGGCCUUGUCCCAUGGCGGUGGAACCAGCUCCAGCCCCUCAGAGGAGACCGGCGGGGGCCGCAAACCCUCCGCCAACAGGGGCAAGAGGCGCAGGCGUAACCCCGAGCUGGACGAGUCUCAGUACGAGACAGAGUACACCACAGGAGGAGAAACGGGCAACGAACUCGACGAAGAAGAGUGGGAGAGUACAUACCCAGAGAUAAGGUCUGAUGCAGAGCGCCAUGAAUAUAAGCGAGAGUUUGAUGCAGACCUGAGGGAUUACAAGCACCUGUGUGCCGAGAUGGACAACAUCAACGAUCAGCUGAACAAACUCAGCCGGCAGCUGGACACGCUGGAUGACACCUCUGCCAACUACCAGGCGGUAGCAGAGGAAUAUAACCAGCUGAAGGAUCUGAAGCAGACAUCAGACUACCGGGCUAAGAAGAAACAGUGUCGCAGGCUGAGACACAAACUGUUCCACAUCAAACGGAUGGUGAAGGACUACGACAAGAACCACUCAUGAACCCACUGAGUCCUGACCCUCAGCUCCGUGGUCUACGCAGCAAACACUCAGACACAGGCCAAGAUACACUCCAAAACACUUCACAGACUCUGUGACAUCCUGAGACCAAAGUUACCCAGCACACACACACACACACACACGUAGGGAAAUCACUGUAUGUUAAUAAUAAAGAUCUUGUGUUUUCCUUUAUUCACUGUAAAGCGUGAGCCACGUCCACGGUGAACACUGCCUUGUCUUCUGAAAGAUUCAGCUCACUGUGUCCACUCACUUGUGAGGAUCAGAGGGUGUGGUAGGAGAGGGAGGGGGUUUGUUUGAAAGUCACCUGACCCUCGGUCACCUGUGAUAACACUGUGCUCAGUUUCUGUGGCCCUGUUUGCUCUCCGGAUUGGCAACUUUUCUUUGUUUUAUCUCCACAGAUAAGAGGUGGAGCAGUAUUGUGGAGAGCGUAGUUAUGGGCGAGACGGGUUGCUUGGAUUGUUUGCGAGCAAAUAUGCGGUUUGUUUUAACAAUUUGCAUCGCGUCAUCUUUGUGACCAGUGGACUGAAGUUGUGCUUUUCUGAUCUUUUGCGUCAGUGUUUGUAACUAACUUUGACGUCAGUGAAGUAAACUCCUCUCUGCCGUUGGCCGCGUCUGUUUCCCCCAUGAAAUUAAGAUGUUUGUACUGAUGAUCAUGGAUGCAGUGAGACCGAAAAGGGGACAAGCUGGCCAAUGAGACAUGUGUGACACUGUUGUAUUGUAUACUGUAAAUACUGUUAGAUUCUGCGGGUAUCGUAGCGUUUGUGAUGACGUUAUCUGUUAUCUGGACAGACUGAAAACCCUUAGUGGCUUGUUGUGUUAAUCAGUGGUCAUUCAAAAUGUGCUUCAGCUCUGCAGUUAAGUAACAACUUUUUGAUAUGUAUACUUUUUUUUUUAUCAUGCAUGCACCUCCACAAACUAGAAAACAUUUUACGUCACUGCAUAUAAGCUACACUCUUCUUUUCAUUUGAUUCUUUGACAAUGAAAACGAUCAUCUGCUAAUUCAAUGUGAGGUAAUGUUUGUUGUUAAUCUGCUUAAAUGUGCAAAGUGUUAGGAUCUGUUGUACGUUAUGAAAUUGGUUAGACACGCUUUUGAUUUGUCAUGCGUCUCUAUUUUUAUGAAGAACAUCGUUGUCAUUUUACAAACCGUUUGCGAGCCAUUUAUUUUUGUAUGAAUUUAUUUUCUUUGUCGCUGUGAUAAGACCGUUUUUGUAACUGUACACAUCCAUAAGGUAUGAUGUCUAAAAAAAGUGCUGAAUUCAGUAAGUAAUAAACAUUUCUAAUUCUUUAAAAAA